AUGGAUAGUCCACAAUGCAAUCCAUUACACAUAAUUUUUUUUCCAUUCAUGAGUCAUAACUAUAUGAUACCCACCAUUGAUAUGGCCAAAAUAUUUGCUUCAAAAGGUGUUAAGGCUACCAUAGUUACCACACCCCUCAACAAACCUUUCUUUUCAAGAUCCAUAGAACAAUUCAAAAUCCAUUUUAAUAACAUCGAUAUCCAAACCAUCAAGUUCCCUUGUGUAGAGGGUGGUUUACCUGAAGGGUGUGAAAAUGUUGAUGCAAUCCCUACAAUUUCCCUGCUUCCUACAUUCUUUACUGCUACUAAAUUGCUUCAACAACCCUUUGAAGAACUAUUGCUUCAACAAAAACCACAUUGCAUUGUUGCUGAUAUGUUCUUUCCAUGGGCAACUGAUUCUGCUACAAAAUUUGGUAUUCCUAGGAUUGUAUUCCAUGCCACUGGUUUCUUUUCAUUGUGUGUUUCACAAUGCCUGGAACAAUAUGAGCCUUUUAAAAAUGUUUCUUCUGAAACAGAAGAAUUCUUUAUUCCUAAUCUUCCUGGGAAUAUCAAAAUGACAAGGUUGCAGCUGCCAAAUAUAUUCACAAAAAAUGACGCAAUAACCCAAAACAUUGCAAAAUUAUAUGCAGAAAUGAGGGAAUCAGAGGCGAGGAGUUAUGGCGUUAUUGUCAAUAGCUUCUAUGAGCUUGAUGGUGUUUAUGCUGAUUAUUAUAGAGAGGUUCUUGGAAAAAAAGAAUGGCAUAUAGGUCCAUUCUCAGUUUACAACAGAGAUAUGGAUACAUCAUACUGCAGAAAAGAACCCUCUAUCAAUAAACAUGAGUGUCUAAAGUGGCUUGACACAAAAGAUAUCAACUCAAUUGUUUAUGUGUGCUUUGGAAGUAAAAAUCACUUCCUUAACUCUCAGCUUAAAGAAAUUGCUAUGGGACUCGAAGCAUCGGGGAAAGAUUUUGUUUGGGUGGUGAAGAAAAAUGCAGAAGAUAGAGAAAUUAAAGGUCUUCUAGAAUUUGAGAAAAGAAUGAAAGGAAAGGGACUAAUUAUAAGAGGUUGGUCUCCUCAACUUUUGAUUCUUCAACAUAAAGCUAUUGGAGCAAUUGUGACUCAUUGUGGAUGGAACUUAACUUUGGAAAGUGUAGCUGCUGGAGUACCUAUGAUUACUUGGCCUAUAGCUCCUGAGCAAUUUUAUAAUGAGAAGUUGGUAACUGAUGUACUUAAAAUUGGUGUACCUGUUGGAGCUAAAACAUGGGAUGGAAAGGUGAGUGAUAAAGUUCAUUGGGAUGCAGUGGAGAAGGCUGUGAAGAAGGUUAUGGAAGGAGAAGAAGCAAAGGAAAUGAGGAACAAAGCAAAAGUGCUUGCAAAAAUGGCAAAGAAGGCUGUGGAGGAAGGUGGAUCAUCUUACUCACAAUUGAAUGCCUUGAUUGAGGAGCUGGGUUCACUUUGCCACCACCAACACAUCUCAAAAGAAUAA